AUGGCUGAACCGCUGAAGGCCUUCUUCGAAAACAAGCCGGUGGAAAAGGCGAAGAAAGAUCCGAAGCGACUGUCUGUGGAGAGGAUCUAUCAGAAGAAGACCCAGCUGGAGCACAUUUUGCUCAGACCGGACUCCUACAUCGGCUCUGUAGAGCCCGUCACUCAGCAAAUGUGGGUUUAUGAUGAGAAUGUUGGACUGAACUGCCGUGAUGUGACUUUUGUGCCUGGUCUCUACAAGAUUUUUGAUGAGAUCCUCGUAAAUGCAGCUGACAAUAAGCAGAGAGAUAAAAACAUGUCCUGCAUCAAAGUCAACAUUGAUGUGGAAAACAACACCAUCAGUGUAUGGAACAAUGGGAAGGGGAUUCCUGUGGUGGAGCACAAGGUGGAGAAGGUUUAUGUGCCCGCUCUCAUCUUUGGACAGCUCCUUACGUCCAGUAACUACAAUGAUGAUCAAAAGAAAGUCACUGGUGGACGUAAUGGAUACGGUGCUAAGCUUUGCAAUAUCUUCAGUACCAAGUUCACAGUGGAGACGGCUUGUAAAGAGUCAAAGAAGACUUUCAAGCAGACUUGGUAUGAUAACAUGGGCAGAGCAGGUGAUAAUAACAUCAAACCAUUUGAUGGAGAAGAGUACACAUGCAUCACCUUCAAACCAGAUCUGCCCAAGUUUAAGAUGAACAUCCUGGACAAAGAUACAGUGGCUCUGAUGACCAGGAGGGCAUACGAUGUUGCUGGAUCCUCAAAGGGGGUCAAGGUGUUCUUCAAUGGCAGGAAGUUGCCAGUUACAGGUUUCCGUAGCUACGUGGACAUGUACGUGAAGGACAAGGUGGAUGAGUUGGGUGGUCCCCUCACUGUGAUCCAUGAUGUUGUCAACGAGCGCUGGGAGGUCUGCCUCACCAUGAGUGAGAAAGGUUUCCAGCAAGUCAGUUUUGUCAACAGUAUUGCUACGACAAAGGGUGGAAGACAUGUUGAUUAUGUGGCUGACCAGGUUGUUGGCAAGCUCAUUGAAGUGGUGAAGAAGAAGAACAAAGCUGGUGUAGCUGUCAAACCUUUCCAGGUGAAGAACCACAUGUGGCUGUUUGUUAAUUGCCUGAUUGAGAACCCCACCUUUGACUCUCAGACUAAAGAGAACAUGACACUGCAGCAGAAGAGCUUUGGCUCUGCUUGUCCUCUAAGUGACAAGUUCAUUAAACAGGCAACAUCUUGUGGGAUUGUGGAAAGUAUCAUGAACUGGGUGAAGUUCAAGGCUCAGUCUCAGCUCAACAAGAAAUGCUCUGCUGUGAAGCACACAAAAAUCAAAGGUGUGCCAAAGCUGGAUGAUGCUAAUGAUGCAGGUGGGAAGAACUCCAUUGGCUGCACACUGAUCCUCACUGAGGGAGACUCGGCCAAGACGCUUGCUGUGUCUGGGCUGGGGGUGAUAGGAAGGGAUCGUUAUGGUGUGUUCCCCCUCAGAGGAAAAAUGCUCAACGUCCGGGAAGCCACACACAAACAGAUUAUGGAAAACGCUGAGAUCAACAACAUCAUCAAGAUCCUUGGCCUUCAAUACAAGAAGAACUAUAGUGACCCAGAUUCCCUUAAAAGUCUGCGCUAUGGCAAGAUCAUGAUCAUGACAGAUCAGGAUCAAGAUGGCUCUCACAUUAAGGGCUUGUUGAUCAACUUCAUUCAUCACAACUGGCCGUCACUGCUCCGCCAUAACUUUCUGGAAGAGUUCAUUACACCCAUCAUCAAGGCAUCCUUUAAGAAAACACAGAUGUCUUUCUACAGCAUCCCUGAGUUUGAAGCAUGGAAGGACAACCAGGCCAACCACAAAUCCUGGAAAAUCAAAUACUACAAAGGUUUGGGAACCAGCACAUCCCAGGAAGCCAAGGAGUACUUCUCUGAUAUGCAGAGACACCGUAUCCCGUUCAAGUACUCUGGGCCUGAGGACGAUGAAGCUAUCACCCUUGCCUUUAGCAAAAAGAAAGUGGAGGAGCGAAAAGAAUGGCUCACAAACUUCAUGAACAACAGGCGUCAGCGCAGGGAGCACAACCUUCCAGAGGAUUACUUGUACGGUCAAUCAACCAAGUUCCUGUCCUACAACGACUUUGUCAACAAGGAGCUUGUGCUUUUCUCCAACUCUGACAACGAGAGGUCCAUUCCCUGCUUGGUAGAUGGUUUGAAGCCAGGUCAGAGGAAGGUGUUGUUCUGUUGCUUUAAGAGGAAUGACAAACGUGAGGUGAAGGUUGCUCAGCUCGCUGGCUCCGUGGCUGAGAUGUCCGCCUACCACCACGGAGAGAUGUCUCUGAUGAUGACGAUCAUCGGUUUAGCCCAGAACUUUGUGGGAAGCAACAACAUGAACAUGCUGCAACCUCUGGGACAGUUUGGAACCAGGUUGCAUGGUGGGAAAGAUUCUGCCAGCCCUCGAUACAUCUUCACCAUGCUCAGUCCGUUGGCCCGCCUUGUUUUCCCACCGGUGGACGACAACCUGCUCAAAUACAACUACGACGAUAAUCAGCGUGUGGAGCCUGAAUGGUACAUUCCCAUUAUCCCCACUGUGCUGGUGAACGGUGCCGAAGGGAUUGGCACAGGCUGGGCCAGCAAGAUCCCCAACUAUGACAUCCGUGAGAUCAUCAGCAACAUCCACCGUAUGCUCAGCGGCGAGGAACCUCUGCACAUGCUUCCAAACUACAAAGGUUUCAGAGGCACCAUUGAGCAUGUGAUGGACAACCAGUACAUGAAUAAUGGAGAGGUGUCCAUCAUUGAUUCACAAACCAUUGAAAUCUCUGAAUUGCCUGUCAAAUCCUGGACACAGGCGUACAAGGAGAACGUGUUGGAGCCGAUGCUGAAUGGAACAGAGAAGGUUCCUCCACUGAUCACUGACUACAAAGAAUAUCACACUGACACCACAGUGAAGUUUGUUGUCAAGAUGACCGAAGAGAAGCUGAGGGAGGUGGAGGCUGCCGGCCUCCAUAAAGUGUUCAAAUUGCAGAGCCCUCUCACCUGCAACUCCAUGGUUCUGUUUGACCAUGUGGGUAGCCUGAAAAAGUACGAGUCUGUGCAAGAUAUCCUCAGAGACUUCUUUGAGCUGAGGAUGAAGUACUACGUUCUGAGAAAAGACUGGCUGGUCGGCAUGCUCGGGGCAGAGAGCGCUAAACUUUCCAACCAGGCCCGUUUCAUCCUGGAGAAAAUCCAGGGCACUCUGGUCAUUGAGAACAAACCCAAAAAGGAGCUCAUUCGGAUGCUUCAACAAAUGGGCUACGACUCGGACCCCGUUAAAGCUUGGAAACAGGCUCAAGAUAAGAAUGAGGAGGAGUUGGAGGAUGAGGAGGAAGGAAGAGAAAACGAGGACAACAGCGGGCCCGACUACAACUACCUGCUGAGCAUGCCCAUGUGGUUCUUGACCAAGGAGAAGAAAGAGGAGCUGUGCAAACAGAGGGAUGCUAAGCUGACAGAACUGAACACGUUGAAGAAAAAGGCUCCAGCAGACCUGUGGAAGGAAGACCUCGCUGCUUUCUCAGAGGAACUGGAGCGCAUUGAGGCCAAGGAAAAGGAGAAUGCCGUGAUGCCUGUAAAGGGAGCAGGGAAAGGCAGAGCUGUGAAGGUGAAGCAGGAGACUUUGCCCACACCACAGGGCCGCCGUGUGGUUCCUCGCGUCACCAGCGCGAUGAAAGCUGACGCUAACAAGAAGGCGCUUGUGAAGAAAGGAGAAGGCAAGAGAGGCAAGAAAGUGAAGAAUGAAGAUUUGGUGAGGAGCAUGGAGUUUGACGAAGACACGGAGAACGUCGAACCACAUAAGGAACUUUCUUUGAUCGCACGAGUGAGCAAGGCUAAAGGAGUUUCAAAAUCUGGCAAGCAGACCACUCUAAAGUUCCAGCCAGUUGCCAAGAAGCCAAAGAAGAACCCGUGGUCGGACGAGUCUGAGCAUUCUUCCAACAGUGAAGUGGAGUCGGAGGAAGAAGUUCGUCCCAGGGAGAGGAUAGAACGUAAAACUAAAGCUCCAGUCAAGUACAGCCUGUCUGACAGUGAAGAAGAGUUUGAUGACUGGGACAAGAAGAGCGCUCCCAAAAGGAAGGCGAUCGUCGAUGAUGAUGAUGACACAAGCUUUGCCCCAGAGCCCAGCGCCAUGUCCGAUAGUGAUGGGAACGCUCCAGCUCCGUCUCCCAAAGCGCCAGAACCCAAGAAAAUGGCAGCGAAGACAAAAACUGUUAAACAAACCAAAACCAAGUCGAGCUCCCCGUCUGAUGACGCUGCACCCAAGGCUGCGAAACAGAAAAGCACCAAAGAGGCCACGCCAAAGAAAGCUGCUCCUGCCAAGAAAGCAGCCGCUUCCAAAAAGAAGGCAGCAGACGUGAAGCAGCCAUCCAUCUUGGAUGCUCUCUCAAAGUCCAAACCUGCAUCCAGCACAGCUGUCAAAAAGGUGCCUUCAUUUAACUCCAGUGACUCAGAGGGCGAUGAGGUUCCGGUUCCAAAGACCAAGCCUGCUUUGAAACGGAAACAAGCAGUCAGUGACGAGUCAGACAGCAGUUCAAACGACCUCAUGUCACGGCUCAAGGCUAAAAUUACCGCCGGCAACAAGAAAAACAAGAAAUGGGAUGAGGAUGACAGCUUCCAGGUUUCAGACCAAGAAACGGCAGCUGUGGCGGCCGUUGCACCGCGGAACAAACCCACGCGUGCCAGGAAACCCAUCACCUACAACCUGGACUCAGACUCUGACUCAGACUGAGUUACUGCACAUGUUUUAGGUUCUGUGGCGUUGAUCGUAGGAGUUUCAGUAAACCUUUUCUUCUGUUAUUAACCUGAUAUCACUUUUAU